AUGGCCACUUCUUGGGUGCUGUUCAAGGUUGCACUGAGAAUGAAGAAGGGACCUUCGGCAACGUUUUAUAUGUUUGGGAGGCGGGACUCCCUAAUCACGGCCGUGAUUGGUCUGUCAAGUGAUGAUGAGGAGGACAAGGAGUUACAGUCUGAAUGUCAACUUUGCAGAAAAGUGAAGUCAUCUGAACAGACCUCGAACACGCGAGGAUCACAGACCAACAGCCUGAGACGAGGAACUGAGGAUGAUGAAGGUGCUGAAGAUGAUGAUAAGGAGAACACCGGCGUGCGUAAGAGUGUGAGAGUGAGACUGUUCAGCUCGUCCAGCCUUGAAGAUCCUGAAGAUCAGCUGCAGUCUGGGAGAAGAAGUAAGGGACCAUCCUGCUCUUCACCAGAAGAGGAGGAACCGGAUUCGCCUGAUUCAGUGUCACUGAUGCUGUUCCAGAGACUGAGAUCCAGGAGAGAUCCAGCACACACACUCACCCCCGACAGCGCAGUCACUGAUCACCACCUCACUGGAGACUUUAGCCAACAUCCUGUGCUUCCUGUGGAGAAGGUGAACCAUCAGGAUCUUCACUGUGUUUCAGCUCAAACUGUGGCAUCUCUGAUCAGAGGUCAGUUCGGCGCAGUAGUGGAAGACUUCCUCAUCAUCGACUGCCGGUAUCCAUACGAGUAUCGAGGAGGUCACAUCAAGGGAGCAGUGAACCUGUACACCAAGUCUCAGAUCCUCAAGGCUUUCCUCCAGGGCUCGUCCAGCCCGCAGGUGUCUCCAGCUGCCCGUUGUGCCCCAGGAGGGGGGUCUGUGCUGGGCACAUGGGGCAGCAGGGGGGCGACACCGGCGUCUGGAGGUCCUGCAGCAGGAGGAGAUAAUGAGGGGGCCUCAUCGCCCAGAAAACUCAUAGUGUUUCACUGCGAGUUUUCAUCAGAGAGAGGACCACGGCUUUGUCAGUAUCUGAGGGAGUUGGAUCGGACAGUGAAUGUUCAGACGUAUCCUCACCUCCUCUACCCCGAGCUCUACCUACUGCAGGGGGGGUACAAGCACUUCUACUUCUGCUGUCCGGAGCUGUGUGAGCCACAUGGUUAUGUCCCCAUGCACCACAGCGACUUCAGAGAACAGCUUCGGCGUUUCAGCAGGAAGAGGCGCCAACAUCGUCGCAGACGUCCAAUCAGAUCUCAGCAGAGGACAUGACACUUAACACAGACUGAGAGCUGUCUAUAAAGAACUGGACAGAACCCAUAAGCGAACGCUGGAAAUAAUUGGGAAGGCAGUUAGAGCGAGGAACUAUAUUGAUGAUAAAGUAUAAAUAUCAUGAUUUAUACAGUGAUACACAUUCCUAAGACAUCACAGGUACAGUUUGUGUUUUUAUGACAUCGACGAACUCCACUGAUGCUCACAGAAACAAUUAGCUGAUUACAUCUUAUUUAUACAAUGCCCCUUGUGUUUUCGUGUUAAAUCAUUGAUUUUUAUUUUACCAGCCUUAAAGGAAAGUAUUAUUGGCGUAGUAUUUUUCCACAGAUCAUUUAGCAAAUCUACAUAUAGCAACACUUUGUUCAUCCUGAAAAUGUCUUCAUUGUGUGCUAUUA